AUGAAGUUUUCGCAAUUGGCGCUUUCGGCUCUGGUCGCCGCUUCGGUUAAGGCCAGCAUUGACAUUGAUCAGGAUUUAAAUUUCGACGACGUAAUUGCCCCCAAGGCUGGCAACCCAAAGAUGAAUGUCAAGAGUUCUCGUCCUAAGGAAGAAAAGCCCAAGAUUGAGCAUCCUCCUUUUGAGCCUCUUGCUGCUCCUAAGGGCGCUUUGUUUUUUGAGCAAUUUACCGAUGAUACUGCUGGCCGAUGGAAGGCUUCUAAUGCUGUCAAGGCUGGUACCGAUGGCGAGUUUUCCUACGUUGGUAAGUGGGCUAUUGAAGAGCCCACUGUCUUCCCUGGCUUUAAGGGUGACAAGGGUCUUGUUGUCAAGAGUCCUGCUGCUCAUCACGCUAUUUCUGCCAAGUUUAACAAGCCCAUUGACAACAAGGACAAUACGCUUGUUGUUCAGUACGAAGUCAAGCUCCAGAAAACUCUGGAGUGCGGUGGCGCUUACAUUAAGCUUCUUUCAGAAAAUGAAAAGCUCCAUGCUGAGGAGUUUAGCAACGACACCCCUUACCAGGUCAUGUUUGGCCCCGACAAGUGUGGCUCUACCAACAAGGUUCACUUUAUCAUUCGCCGCAAGAACCCCAAGACUGGUGAAUACGAGGAAAAGCAUCUUAAGAAUCCUCCUCCUGCUCGUCUCAACAACCUUUCCAAUCUUUACACUUUGAUUAUCAAGCCCACACAGGACUUUGAGAUCCGUAUCGAUGGCAAGGUUGUCCGUGCAGGCAAUCUCCUUGAUGAGGGUGUUCUUUUGCCUUCUCUUUCUCCCCCCAAGGAGGUUGAUGAUCCCAAUGAUACCAAGCCUGAGGAUUGGGUUGACGAUGUUACCAUUCCUGAUCCUGAGAAUGCUAUCAAGCCCGAGGACUGGGAUGAGGAUGCUCCUGCUAAGAUUCCUGAUCCCAAGUCUGUCAAGCCUGCUGAUUGGGAUGAGGAAUUGCCUUUGUACAUUCCUGAUCCUGAGGCCAAGAAGCCUGAAGAUUGGGAUGAUGAGGAGGAUGGAGAGUUUGUUGCUCCUGAGAUUGAGAACCCUGAGUGUGCGACACAUGGCUGUGGUCCCUGGAAGGCUCCUCUUGUUCCCAAUCCUGAUUACAAGGGCAAGUGGGUACAGCCCAGAAUUCCCAAUCCUGAUUACAAGGGCGAAUGGGCACCCAAACUUAUCCCUAACCCUGAUUACUAUGAGGACAAGACUCCUUCUGAUCUUGAGCCCAUUGGUGCUGUUGGUAUUGAGUUGUGGACUAUGCAGAACAAUAUUUUGUUUGAUAAUUUUUACUUUGGUCACUCUGUUGAGGAGGCUGAGUUUGUUGGAAACAAGACAUUUGUUCCUAAGCUUGCCAUUGAACAGGCUGAGGAGAAUGCUAAGGCUGAAUCCAUUAAGCCUAAGGACGAUAAGCCCCGCAAGUCAUACCCCACUCGAUUGGAUCACUUUAAGGAUGAUCCAGUUGACUUUGUUGUUGAGACUGCCCGUCACUUUAUUUUGAACUUUUCACUUGAUCCUGUUGAGACCAUUAAGGCUGAUCCUCUUGUCUUUUUGGCCUUUGUUGCAUCUGGCUUUACUUUGUUUGCUGUUUUCUUUGGCAUUUUGGGUGCCAUUGGUUUCUUGUUCAAGUCUUUGAUUUUUGGUUCUUCCAAGAAGCCUGCUGCAUCUGACAAGAAGAAGGUUGAGCCUGUUGAAAAGAAGGAGGGUGAGGUUGAGAAGAAGAAUAAGAAGGAGGAUGAGGCUUCUACUUCGUCCAAGGCCACUGAGACCACAGCUGUUAAGCGUGCGACCAAGGAAGAUGAAUAA